CCACAAUCUGAAGCCACUGUUGGUGCAGUUGCCAAUACAGCUAAAGAAGGCCAAGACUGUUUCAGCGGUUGUCAAAACAAACUCCAGUUUUAAGAAACUCUCAGAUUUGAAAGGAAAGAAAGCAUGUUUUUCUUCUGUCGAUGGAAUGGGUUGGACCUCUUUUACAAUAAAAAUGCAGAAGACUGAUUCUUUAGAAAAAGUAUGUCCGUACACCAAAGCAAUUUCAAAGUUUUUUCUCAGAAAUUUGUGUCUCAAAACCAAGUCCGGAUGUUUAUGGUUACUCCAAUAUCAAGAUAUGUCCAGCAGAAUAUAACGAGAUAUCUUAUGAUGAAGGAGAGGUACAUGAACUGUCUUAUGAUGAUGAAGCUGUAGCGUUUCAAUGCCUUGCUAUUGGAGGAGGAGACGUGGCAUUUAUUUCAACAGAUUCAAUUCCACAAUUUUUAGAGCACAUGAAGGGCAAUCCGGAGGCCGAGGGGUUGACGGUGGACAGCUUCCGAGCUCUGUGUGACAGCAGUGUAGCCAAGCAUGAGUGUCAACUCAGCUGGGGCAGUUACAGCCAGGUCAUGGUGCGAGAUAAAAUCCUACCCUCACGGGAAGAAGACGUGAGGUCUUUGUUCACAGGAUUGAACAACUUGUUCGGUCACAUCAAUACACCCUCCACCCGCACGUUCAAUAUGUUUGAGAAAUCUAACAGCCUCUUCGACACAUCGGCUUACAGUUCGCUAGAAAGUGUACAGCAGCGCUUGGAGCAGAUCGAGGAUUUCCUGAAAAAGGCAAAGCUUCGACCUGACAACUACGAGAUCGCUGUGCGAUCUAUGAACAAGUGCUCCACUCCUUCAAGCGCCAACAGGGUUUCGUUAUCUUUGACUUUGGUUUUUAUUUGUUUGAUAUUACGUAAUAAUAAUUAACAACUAGACUUCUAAUAGACUUUUAUGAAGACUGAAAACUUAACAGUUUGUUCUACAUGAUAUAAGCUACUUCUGUAAUUUUUAUUACUUAAUAAAUUAUGUGUAACUUAGAUUUUAUACUGAAUAUUUGUCGUGUUUUAAUUAAAGAAGUAAUUAUUAUUGGACAAUAGGGUGCAUUUAUAUAUUUAAUGUUUAAAAUUUCCCCUGUUGGUAUUAAAAUAACGUUUAUAAUAUUUCAAGUUUAAAAUUAAAUAAAAAUUUAAGUAUUUUAUUUCCUUGACUUUGAUAGAUGUUUUUUAUAGAUUAUGAUAUAGUGACUGUAUAGUGUAAACUAUGAUCAAAUUUACAUAUUUGUAACAUUAUACUUUUAUGAUAGUAAUAGAUAUGCUGUGUAUUUUUAUUAUAUUGUUUAUUAAGUCAUGUAACAUGAGAAUAUAGGUUUAAAGAUUGGAUUAUCAAUAUAGUAAUUAUAAGGAAUUCAAUUGAAUGUAAUACAAAUAGAUAUAAAUAGCUCAACACCAAAUAUGCCAUUGUUUAUGUUUGUACUUUUAACUAUAUUAACAAAUAUUUGGAUAUGUAUAUAAAAUGUUAUUACAUUCAAA